AUGAUAACAGAGCAAGAGGACCAUCACACUGUGAUAACAGAGCAAGAGGACCAUCACACUGUGAUAACAGAACAAGAGGAGCAUCACACUGUGAUAACAGAGCAAGAGGACCAUCACACUGUGAUAACAGAGCAAGAGGAGCAUCACACUGUGAUAACAGAGCAAGAGGAGCAUCACACUGUGAUAACAGAGCAAGAGGAGCAUCACACUGUGAUAACAGAGCAAGAGGACCAUCACACUGUGAUAACAGAGCAAGAGGACCAUCACACUGUGAUAACAGAGCAAGAGGACCAUCACACUGUGAUAACAGAGCAAGCGGACCAUCACACUGUGAUAACAGAGCAAGAGGACCAUCACACUGUGAUAACAGAGCAAGAGGACCAUCACACUGUGAUAACAGAGCAAGAGGACCAUCACACUGUGAUAACAGAGCAAGAGGAGCAUCACACUGUGAUAACAGAGCAAGAGGACCAUCACACUGUGAUAACAGAGCAAGAGGACCAUCACACUGUGAUAACAGAGCAAGAGGACCAUCACACUGUGAUAACAGAACAAGAGGAGCAUCACACUGUGAUAACAGAGCAAGAGGACCAUCACACUGUGAUAACAGAGCAAGAGGACCAUCACACUGUGAUAACAGAGCAAGAGGACCAUCACACUGUGAUAACAGAGCAAGAGGACCAUCACACUGUGAUAACAGAGCAAGAGGACCAUCACACUGUGAUAACAGAGCAAGAGGACCAUCACACUGUGAUAACAGAGCAAGAGGACCAUCACACUGUGAUAACAGAACAAGAGGAGCAUCACACUGUGAUAACAGAGCAAGAGGACCAUCACACUGUGAUAACAGAGCAAGAGGAGCAUCACACUGUGAUAACAGAGCAAGAGGACCAUCACACUGUGAUAACAGAGCAAGAGGACCAUCACACUGUGAUAACAGAACAAGAGGAGCAGCUGCACUAUGAUAACAGAGCAAGAGGACCAUCAACACUGUGA